UCGACGCAGUUCGGGGAUGAUAUAUCUCUGCGAGGUGCAAGGUCACCGCGUCACGUGACCCACCCGGUUAUCGCAUUAUGCACCCUAUCAUAUAUAUAAGCCGGCGGCCAAAGUGCGGCCGUCAGCAUAUUAUAAGCAGCGGAGCGCGGGCGUGGAACAGUUACAUCCGCAGAUCACCUGUCGAUACCCCACCGAGUUAGUUGUCGCUGCAAGUGUCACCGAUGGCAAGCAUGAGCGCAAAACUGAAGGAUCUACUCAUGGGCGGGAGCAAUGGGGAGACGUUUCUCUUCACGUCCGAAUCCGUCGGAGAAGGACAUCCAGACAAAAUAUGCGACCAAAUUAGCGAUGCUGUGUUGGAUGCCCACCUUAAGCAAGACCCCUUCGCCAAGGUCGCAUGCGAGACAGUCACAAAGACGGGCAUGGUAAUGAUAUGUGGCGAGAUAACGUCAAACGGUGUUGUGGACUAUCAAAAAGUCAUCCGUGACACAAUUCAACAUAUAGGCUACGACGAUUCCACGAAAGGAUUUGACUACCACACGUGCAACGUGCUGAUUGCUAUAGAACAACAGAAUUCCGAGAUCGCUCAGGCCGUGCACGAGAACAGACACGAGGACGACAUUGGAGCAGGCGACCAGGGAAUCAUGUUCGGCUAUGCGACCGACGAGACGGAUGAAUGCAUGCCGCUCACGUUAAUGCUUGCCCACAAGCUCAACCACAAGAUUGCAACAUUGAGAAGAAGCGGGGCCCUGCCAUGGGCUCGACCCGAUACCAAGACUCAGGUUACAUGUGAGUACAUGUUUGAGCAUGGCGCUUGCGUUCCUCUAAGAGUUCAUACCAUUGUCGUGUCAACCCAACACGACGAAGAAGUCACUAACGAACAGCUGAGGAAGGACCUAGUCGAGUUGGUCAUCAAAACAACGAUUCCAAGCAGGUACAUCGACGAAAAUACCAUUUACCACCUAAACCCCACGGGCAGGUUUAUUAUUGGUGGCCCACAGGGUGACGCCGGUUUAACAGGACGUAAGAUCAUCGUCGACACGUACGGAGGCUGGGGAGCUCACGGUGGCGGAGCAUUCUCCGGCAAAGACUUCACGAAGGUCGAUCGGUCGGGAGCGUACGCAGCCCGCUGGGUCGCCAAGUCGCUAGUGAAGGCCGGGCUGUGCAGGCGCUGUCUGAUUCAGUUGUCGUACGCCAUUAGUAUCGCCGAGCCACUGGCGAUGAGUGUAUUCACGUACGGAACGUCCGAUUUGUCCGAGAAGGAGCUGAUCAACAUAGUCAAGUCCAACUUCGAUCUAAGACCGGGACGUAUCGUUAAGGAAUUGGACCUACGCAGACCCAUAUACCAAAGCACGAGUGCCUAUGGACAUUUCGGCAGGUCAGAGUUCUCCUGGGAAGUGCCUAAGAAAAUGAUAUUUUAAUACAAUCAGAAGAUACAAUAGGUGGCCAGCGACAUUGAGUCGUAGGCACACGUGUAAUUAAUAUAUUUUAUUAUAAUAAUUAUGUAGUAAGCGAUGUGAUAUCUAUUUAAAUGACGCUUUGCGUUGGCCUUGUGAAGGACGCUGUAUUAAUUUUCUUUCUUAAGAUUAAAUGAUGCAGUUCGGAUUGAAUAAUUAACUAUAUCGUCCGAUCGAAUGUAUUGACAACGAAACACGUGGCGAACCUCUGCAGUUGUGAUUAGCUGGCAGUGAAUGACAAAGUCUCACACAGAGACGUUGUACUAUCUAGAGCAUUUUUACGGCAAAAUGCUUAUGUUUGAGAAAUUCGCGUAAUGACAUUUCUCGUCGUUUCUUUCCUAACGGCAGAUCUACAACAAAACGUACCUGUGCAUCUGCGAUUGCGGUACAGCUUUCAAUGUCAGAUGUACUACAUUGUCUAUCUUUACAAAGCGACGUGUGCACUGUUUACUAUGGACUACUAAUAUAUUGACACUCUAGAUAUGCUGUAGUUAUAGUAUUAAAAAGCGACGAGAUUGGCGAGAUUGACGAGAUUGACAAUAGAGACGGGAUCUGCAGACUACCUAUAGCUGGUCUUACCAGAUGCUGCGUAUAGAAUAAUAUGGGUCUAUGGUGACAUCCUCCGUUGCUCUACGUACGCGCGUACACGAUGUAUAGGCUACGUAGUGCAGCAAAGGCUAUAGUAGUUAAGAGCUCUGUUCAUCGAUAGUCGAGGCAUACUGAAUACUGAUAGAUGAUAUUGUAGCGGCGUUUAUUAAAUAAGCACAACAGUACGCUAGUGACACUUCUCCGUCUCUUUCUCCUACAUCUCCCCCUUCGCCUCUCCGGAUCUCUACCUUAUAUAUAUCUCGGGCGUGGCUUUUUGGUGGACACCUGUUCUACCUCGCGGGCCGGUCCUCUUGCCUAUCUCUCCUAUUGGUGGGUUUUCGGACAUUGAUCGGCCAAGUGACCACCUGGUCACCCUUGCGCCAUUAUGGCACGCUUCCAAACUCUAAGAUCCUCGCCACCCGCUGGCUGGCAACUUUCCUGGUUUCUAUAUUUCUGCAUGCGUUACACUAUUAUGGCCGCCUUCCUUAUAGUGAGGGUCCAAUGGCCGUAACUCCGACGGCUCAUGGUCAAUAACUAAUGAGUUAAAACUAAUGACUAAUGACUCACGGCUAAUAACUCUAAGGGCCAUAUACCAUUUGUACUAAGUGCUCUUCGAAGAGUUUUAUAAAGCGUCCGAAAUUAAAGCCAGCUUCCCUCGAACUUUCCACGUUAAAUUUUGUAACAAACCACUGUAAAACGCAAGUAAAUAACUCACUACACUCGCAUGAAUUUGCAUCGCUACAAUAUUGCCCUGCCUAUUCUGGCCAACCGGUAGAGAUGGAACACUUGAUUGUGUGAUAUGGCUGCUAUAGCGUCUACACUGUCAUGACUGCCAUGUGAUGUGUAUGUGGUGUGAUGUUUGUGCUGUGCUAUGCGCUAUAUGAUGUGUGCUAUGUGAUGUGUGCUCUAUGUGACUUAUGUUAUUUUAUGACUAUGUGAUGUGGAUACUAUGUAUAACGACUGCAUACCAUAGUGCAUUUUUAUCGGGUUAGCGUAAACACUGGUGACAAGUGCCGAACUCUCACUAGUGAGACAGCCCCCCACCCCACUCCGUACCUGUUACUGCGACUAAAUCAUUAUCGCGUUCUUGAUCGCUCCCCGACCUCAAUGUGCGGUGAAACAUUCACUGGGUGAAAAAUGCAGUUAGGGGCCUACUGUGUGAAAAAUGUUGAUAACUUUCUGAUCGGCGAGUGCAUGGUACCCAAUAUUCAUAGCUGUAUAUAAAUCAGGAGAUAAAUAGUAAUAUUUGUUCGUGACGCAGUUCUUAUGAACUCUUGGGAGUUGAAACGAUUAGCUGAUAAAACAGCACGUGAACGCGCGCGUGUGCGCAGGAUCCACUGUGGCGCGUUGCCAUUAGAUCCACCAGAAUAUGUUUAUAAUUAUUAGUUUUAAUUUUUCUAUCACAUUCAAAGUGUUUUGUACUAUAAUUAUGUAUCAGAUAUUAUGUAUCAGAUAUUAUAUAUUGUUCUCGAUCACUAACUAGUUCAACCCCUUUUUCGCGGCAUCUUUUGAUCGUGGUGGCCAACGGGGCGAGAAAGUGUUUAGGCUAGGUGGCAGUACGACAUAGCAGGAAAUUUUGAUUAGCAGCAGGCAAUAUUAAUUUAUACGUUUAUGACUACGUCACGAAUUCCAAGCACCAGCAAAUAGUAUAUUUGUGUGUUAUUUGUACAAAAUAAAAUGUAUGAAAAU